AUGUCUGCUUAUGUAUCGUCUACCUCCACAAUGAAUGAGUCUACCGUUGUGAUUGAAGGAGAAUCCAAUACGGUUUUACCUAAGAAUAAUUUCGAUGUGAAUAAUGUAGAUGAAGAUAAUUUUCAAACUAUCCAUGAAACACUAAUUAAUGAUAAAUCUAUUAAGAAAAUACGAUGCGUAAAGAUCGAAUAUGAUGAAGUGAGUGAGAUAUUAGCAUGUAUAUAUGAGAUCACGAAUCGAGAUAGGAUAGGUAGUCAAAUAGAUUUGAUCAAGUUGAAGCCAGAAAAAUGUAAAUUAAUUUCCAGAAUUCAAUUCCGCAGUCAAAUGAUUCAAGGAAUAUAUUUUUUACCUAAUUCUAGAAAAACUAGGAACGAUAUUAACAUUCGAAGAAUGUUGUUUACAAGUAGAUUGGGUAAGACUAUUUGUUAUGAAAUCAAUACAAUUACUUUAGAGUAUAAGAUGGUUCAAAAAAAUUAUCAUUAUAAUGAGAUAUGCCAAAUUUUAGUUGAAAGAACUGGGAUGGAAGAUAAUUUUUACUUAAUUAGUGGUGACAUAGAGGGAAAUGUUUUACAAUUGGAGAUUAAUGAUAAUGAUAAUGAUGUGAUGAUCGAUGAAGGGGUUACUAGUUUUAUGAAAGGUGGAUUGAGAAAAAAAAUAAGCGUUCGUAUUCCCAAGGGUAGUGAAUAUUUGUUAAAAGAUUGUAGUAUGUCUGAAGAGAUGAAUCGAUUUUACAAGAGUAUAAACUAUUCUGAAGGUGAAAAAGUGAGUAUUGCAAGUAUGAUAUUGAUAGAUGGUAAGUUAUAUUUUGGUAGUCGAGAUGGGAAUAUAUAUCGAAUUGUGAUGAGAGAGUUGGGAGAAGGACAAGGAGAUGCACGAAUCUCUUUAGAUAAUGAUGAGUUUGUUCCAUUGCAAGAGAGCCAGAACGAGAAUGAUGACGAAAUAAAAUUGUAUCAUGAUGGGCCCGUUACUGUAUUACAAGCAGACGGAAAUGGACAUUUAAUUAGUGGAGGGGAUGAUUGGAAAGUUAUACUUUGGGAUAUAAAGAGUAAUAGGAAAUUAUGGGAACUGGACCUCGGGGACCCUAUUUUGUGCAUACGGUAUCUACAAGAGUAUAAAAUGUGGGGUGUCAUGACAUGGAAAGGUGUUUAUAUUGUACGUGAUGGUAAAGUCGUGCAUUGUGAAAGGUAUUCUGGUCAUAUAUCAUGUGGCAACUUCGUAAUUAGUAAGAUGAGUAAAGAAGUGUUGAUAAUACUUGGAUCUAAUGAUGAGAAAGGCGGCAUUCGGAUGCGGAGCGUAUCAAUGGAAUUUACAUUCGAUUAG